AGCUCUGGGCUUGCUUCAUAUUUGUCGGUGAUCCUCUAGUGGUGAUUGGUGACGCUGUCAUAUCACCAGAAGCUACCCUCUCUCUCUCUCUCUCUCCCCCAGAGUUUCCUACAGUCUAAGAAAACCAAUCGUAUGAUAAACCAAGAAAGAGAAAAGGCACACCAACUAAUUACUCUCUAUCACUCUCACUCUCCCCUUCCCUUCUACGAAAACCGUAGAUGCAUCAAACGGCUUCCACUGCUCUCUGAAGGUCUGCCUCGCUCUGUCUCUCUGGCUCUUUGUGAUAUUUAGCCGUAUGCAUUGGUCAAUAUCCUAAAUUGUGCGAAAUCCGAGGUCUUUCUGUUGGGUUACGCGAAAAUCCGGCACCCGAUUCAUGCAUUUUCUCCCUUUCUUGAUUCUUCAUUGACUGAGCGACAAAAAGGGCUCGGACUUCGAUUCUCAAAUACUCGAUCUGCUCCAUGCUUCUCUGAAUCCAGUUAAAUCUGAUCAAGGCUCAUAAUUUACCACCAUUCCAUUCCUCUUGUACUCUGUAUGCUCGCUGAGAAAAACCGGAGGAAACCCAAUGAAUGCUAAACUCAAGUUUUUUGUGGUCUGCUUUCAGUUUAUAACAAUAGCUUCUUAAUUGUAUAACAGAGCAGAGGAUAAAAGAAAAUGCUACCGAGGAAUCUUUUUGAUAUUCUGACUGGGUCUCAGGGGUAGAUCUGGAGAAGGUGAGGUUUCUGGAUUGAUUUGCUUGAGAAUCUUGGAGUAACCAAAGCUGGCGGCUGCGCUAGCUUGGAGGCUUGCUGCCAGCAAUGGCGGCAGCCUUGCCACUAACGAUCUGGGAAGAAAUGGUGAUGCCAAAGUUCAAGAUUCAGAACCUCCUACUCCACAUUCUGUGAUAAAGAUGGGUUCAAGAGAGCGUAGUAGCAUGGAGGAUCCAGAUGGGACCUUAGCCAGUGUUGCUCAAAGCAUUGAGCAGCUCCGUCAGAGUUCCUCAUCUAUACAAGAGAAAGAGUAUUCAUUGAGACAGUUGCUGGAACUUAUUGAUACACGUGAAAAUGCUUUUAGUGCUGUUGGAUCUCACUCUCAGGCAGUUCCGGUACUUGUUUCUCUUCUCCGGUCAGGGUCACUCGGAGUGAAGAUACAGGCUGCAACUAUUUUAGGUUCACUCUGUAAGGAGAAUGAGCUACGGGUAAAAGUCUUGCUGGGAGGAUGCAUUCCACCAUUGCUUGGUCUUCUCAAGUCCAGCUCAGCAGAUGGUCAGGUGGCAGCUGCAAAGACUAUUUAUGCUGUUUCUCAAGGUGGCGCAAAGGAUCAUGUUGGAUCAAAAAUUUUUUCAACGGAAGGAGUUGUUCCUGUUCUCUGGGAACAGCUAGCCAAAGGGCACAAGACUGGAAAUGUUGUUGAUGGCUUAUUGACUGGAGCAUUAAAGAACCUUUCCAGCAGCACUGAGGGAUUCUGGACUGCAACAGUUCAAGCUGGAGGGGUGGAUGUACUUGUGAAGUUGCUGACAACGGGACAGUCGAGCACUCAAGCAAAUGUGUGUUUUCUUCUUGCAUGUAUGAUGAUGGAGGAUGCAUCUGUUUGUUCUAUAGUUUUGGCUGCAGAAGCUACAAAACAAUUUCUCAACCUAUUAGGACCUGGCAAUGAAGCUUCUGUCAGAGCAGAAGCUGCAGGUGCUCUUAAAUCUCUUUCAGCCCAAAGUAAAGAAGCAAGGCGGGAGAUAGCUAAUUCCACUGGUAUUCCUGCUUUGAUAAAUGCUACUAUAGCUCCUUCCAAAGAAUUCAUGCAGGGAGAGUACGCCCAAGCAUUGCAGGAGAAUGCCAUGUGUGCUUUAGCAAACAUUUCUGGUGGUUUGUCAUAUGUCAUCUCAAGCCUUGGUCAAAGUCUUGAAUCAUGCACUUCACCUGCUCAAGUUGCUGACACAUUAGGAGCAUUAGCUUCAGCUUUGAUGAUCUAUGAUGGUAAAGCAGAAUCUAUGAGGGCAUCCGAUCCUGUGGUUAUUGAGCAGACUUUGCUUAAGCAGUUCAAACCCCAGUCACCUUUUCUAGUGCAGGAGCGAACAAUAGAAGCCCUAGCCAGUUUGUAUGGGAAUGUCAUACUCUCAAGUAAACUUGCAAAUUCUGAUGCAAAACGUUUGCUUGUUGGUUUGAUAACAAUGGCCACCAAUGAAGUGCAGGAUGAGCUUAUGAAAGCUCUUCUCACACUUUGUAACAAUGAAGGCAGUCUGUGGCGUGCCCUGCGAGGCCGUGAAGGAGUCCAGCUAUUAAUUUCUCUUCUGGGGCUUUCAUCAGAACAACAGCAAGAAUGUGCAGUUGCAUUACUUUGCCUUCUAUCAACUGAAAAUGAUGAAAGCAAGUGGGCUAUCACUGCUGCUGGUGGCAUACCUCCACUUGUCCAAAUUCUAGAGUCAGGGUCUGCAAAAGCCAAGGAAGAUUCAGCAUCAAUCCUUAGGAACCUAUGCAAUCACAGUGAAGAUAUACGUGCUUGUGUUGAAAGUGCUAAUGCUGUUCCUGCAUUGUUAUGGCUACUGAAGAAUGGAAGCCAUAAUGGGAAGGAAAUUGCUGCAAAGACUUUGAAUCAUUUAAUCCACAAAUCUGAUACUGCAACUAUCAGCCAGCUCACUGCAUUACUGACCAGUGAUCUACCUGAAUCUAAAGUAUAUGUUUUGGAUGCCUUGAAAAGCAUGCUCUCUGUGGUUCCCCUCAAUGAUAUAUUGCGUGAAGGUAGUGCUGCCAAUGAUGCAAUGGAGACAAUGAUAAAAAUCUUGAGCUCAACUAAGGAAGAGACUCAGGCUAAGUCUGCAUCAGCUCUAGCUGGAAUUUUUGAAACUAGGAAGGACCUGCGAGAAAGUAGCGUAGCUGUUAAAACUCUAUGGUCAGCCAUGAAGCUGCUUAAUGCUGAAUCCGAAAGCGUGCUGGUAGAGUCCUCGCGUUGUCUUGCUGCAAUAUUUCUUUCAAUCAAAGAGAACCGGGAUGUCGCAGCUAUUGCUAGAGAUGCAUUGUUUCCCUUAGUUGGGCUUGCUCACUCUUCCAUUCUGGAAGUUGCUGAGCUGGCAACAUGUGCUCUGGCAAAUCUUAUUUUAGAUUGUGAAAUAUCAGAAAAAGCUGUUCCUGAAGAAAUUGUAUUGCCUGCUACUAGGAUUUUGAGUGAAGGAUCAGAUUCUGGAAAGACACAUGCAGCAGCAGCAAUUGCUCGUCUGCUUCAUUCUCGCCAAAUUGAUUCUGCCUUAACUGACUGUGUGAAUCAGGCUGGAACAGUUCUUGCAUUAGUUUCUUUCCUAGAAUCUGCUAUUGGUGGAUCUGUUGCCACAUCUGAGGCUCUAGAUGCACUUGUGAUUCUGUCCAGAUCAAAGGGGGCAAGUGACCACAUAAAACCCGCAUGGGAAGUUUUAGCUGAAUUCCCGAAAAGCAUCACCCCAAUAGUUUUAUCUAUCGCCAAUUCAGCACCAUUGUUGCAGGAUAAAGCCAUUGAAAUAUUGUCACGGCUUUGCCGGGAUCAGCCUACUGUUUUAGGUGAUACAGUUUCCUGUGCCUCUGGAUGUGUAUGCUCAAUUGCUAGAAGGGUUAUCGGUUCCACAAACCCAAAUGUCAAAAUUGGGGGUGCUGCACUUCUUAUUUGUGCUGCUACAGUUAAUCACCAAAGAGUGGCGGAAGAUCUUAAUCAGUCGCACUUGUGUUCAAAUCUUAUUCAGUCUCUUGUUGCAAUGCUUAGUUCUAGACAAUCUUCAUUUUUGGGAAAUAAGGGUGAUGAUGUCAAGGAAUCCAUUAGCAUUUUCAGGCAUGCUAAAGAAGAAUCUGAGAAUGGCAAAUCCAAUAUAGGAACAACGGUCAUAUCUGAUGAGAACCUAGCCAUAUGGCUUCUUUCUGUUCUUGCCUGUCAUGAUGAAAAGAGUAAAAUUGUGAUUAUGGAGGCUGGAGCUAUUGAAGUCCUCACUGAUAGAAUAUCAGAUUGCUUUUCUCAGUACACUCAGAUUGAUUUUAAGGAAGAUAGCAGCAUCUGGGUUUGUGCUCUACUUUUAGCAAUUUUAUUUCAAAAUAGAGAGAUCAUACGAGCACAUGCAACCAUGAAAUGUAUACCAGUACUUGCAAAUUUGUUGAAAUCAGAGGAGUCAGCAAACAGAUAUUUUGCUGCUCAAGCAGUUGCUAGUUUAGUGUGUAAUGGUAGCAGAGGAACUCUUCUAUCUGUCGCAAAUUCUGGGGCUGCAGGUGGGCUUAUUUCCUUACUUGGAUGUGCUGAUGUUGACAUAUAUGAUCUACUGCAGCUUUCAGAGGAGUUUGCUUUGGUGCCAUAUCCAGAACAAGUCUCUCUUGAGAGGUUGUUUAGAGUUGAUGACAUAAGGGUUGGUGCUACUUCCAGGAAAGCAAUACCCGCCCUUGUUGAUCUGCUUAAACCAAUUCCAGAUCGUCCUGGAGCACCGUUUCUAGCUCUUGGGCUCCUGACUCAGCUGGCAAAAGACUGUCCACCAAAUAAGAUUGUAAUGGUAGAAUCAGGAGCUUUGGAAGCACUAACCAAGUAUCUUUCGCUUGGUCCACAAGAUGCAACUGAGGAGGCUGCUACUGAUCUGUUAGGGAUCCUAUUCAGCAGUGCUGAAAUACGCAGACAUGAGUCUGCAUUUGGUGCUGUCAGUCAACUUGUAGCAGUUUUACGUUUAGGUGGUAGGGGUGCAAGAUAUAGUGCAGCAAAAGCAUUGGAAAGCCUCUUUUCUGCUGACCAUAUUAGGAAUGCAGAAACUGCUCGACAAGCUGUUCAACCCUUGGUGGAGAUUCUGAAUACCGGUUUGGAGAGGGAGCAGCAUGCUGCUAUUGCUGCAUUGGUUAGACUAUUGAGUGAAAAUCCAUCAAGAGCCCUUGCUGUUGCAGAUGUUGAGAUGAAUGCUGUGGAUGUCCUUUGCAAGAUCCUUUCAUCAAAUUGUUCAAUGGAGCUGAAAGGGGAUGCUGCUGAAUUGUGUGGCGUUCUUUUUGGAAAUACAAGAAUCAGGUCCACGAUGGCUUCGGCACGCUGUGUUGAGCCUCUGGUUUCUCUUCUUGUGACAGAGUUCAGUCCUGCUCAGCAGUCAGUUGUCCAUGCAUUGGAUAAACUUGUUGAUGAUGAGCAACUGGCAGAGCUAGUUGCUGCAAAUGGUGCAGUUAUUCCUCUUGUCGGCCUUCUAUAUGGUAGGAAUCACAUGCUUCAUGAGGCUAUUUCCAGAGCCCUUGUGAAGUUAGGGAAAGACAGGCCUGCUUGCAAGAUGGAAAUGGUGAAAGCUGGAAUAAUUGAAAGCGUUCUCAACAUCCUCCAUGAUGCACCGGAUUUUCUCUGUUCCGCCUUUGCUGAACUGCUGCGAAUAUUGACCAAUAAUGCUAGCAUUGCUAAAGGACCAUCUGCUGCAAAAGUCGUUGUGCCCCUUUUUCUGUUGCUGUCCAGGCCAGAGUUUGGGCCUGACGGGCAGCACAGUGUAUUACAGGUUCUUGUCAAUAUUUUAGAGCAUAAACAGUGUCGUGCUGAGUAUACGCUGACCUCUCACCAAGCUAUAGAGCCACUUGUCCCUUUACUUGAUUCUCCAGCUUUGGCAGUGCAACAGUUGGCAGCUGAGCUUCUAUCCCAUCUACUCAUGGAGGAACGACUUCAGAAGGAUUCAGUGACACAACAAGUAAUUGGUCCCCUUGUACGAGUUCUUGGUUCCGGUAUACACAUACUGCAGCAGAGAGCUGUGAAGGCUCUUGUAAGUCUGGCAGUGACAUGGCCAAAUGAGAUUGCAAAAGAGGGUGGUGUCAAUGAACUUUCUAAAGUGAUAUUGCAAGCUGAUCCUUCGCUUCCUCAUGCUUUGUGGGAAUCUGCUUCUUCUGUUUUGGCAAGUAUUCUGCAAUUUAGUUCUGACUUUUAUUUGGAAGUGCCUGUUGCUGUGUUGGUCAGGUUGCUUCAUUCUGGGUCAGAGAGCACAGUAAUUGGUGCAUUGAAUGCUCUUCUUGUGUUGGAAAGUGAUGAUGCAACCAGUGCUGAAGCAAUGGCCGAAAGUGGUGCCAUAGAGGCACUUUUGGAACUUAUGAGGUGUCAUCAGAGUGAGGAAACCGCUGCAAGGCUGUUGGAAGUACUGUUGAACAAUGUGAAGAUCAGAGAAACAAAAGCUACUAAAUCUGCCAUUUUACCAUUGUCCCAGUAUCUCUUGGAUCCACAAACCCAAGCUCAGCAAGCAAGGUUACUGGCAACUUUGGCCCUUGGUGAUCUAUUUCAGAAUGAGAGUCUUGCUCGAAGCUCUGAUGCUGUUUCAGCUUGCCGUGCUCUUGUUAAUGUACUUGAAGAACAACCCACAGAGGAAAUGAAAGUUGUAGCUAUAUGUGCAUUGCAAAACCUUGUGAUGUACAGUCGGUCAAAUAAAAGAGCAGUUGCCGAGGCUGGUGGAGUACAGGUUGUAUUAGAUCUUAUUGGUUCGAGUGAUCCGGAUACAUCCAUACAGGCAGCAAUGUUUGUUAAACUUCUCUUCUCUAAUCACACCAUUCAAGAAUACGCUUCGAGUGAAACGGUGAGAGCUAUAACUGCUGCUAUUGAAAAAGAUUUGUGGGCCACUGGAACUGUGAAUGAGGAGUAUCUGAAAUCUCUAAAUGCUCUCUUCAGCAACUUCCCACGCUUGAGAGCCACUGAGCCUGCAACACUUAGCAUUCCCCAUCUGAUUACAUCCCUCAAAACUGGGUCAGAGGCAACUCAAGAAGCUGCUUUGGACGCACUUUUUCUUCUUAGGCAAGCUUGGUCAGCAUGCCCAGCCGAAGUUUCUAGAGCCCAGUCAAUAGCCGCAGCAGAUGCAAUCCCCUUGUUGCAAUACCUAAUCCAGUCUGGCCCUCCUCGGUUUCAGGAGAAGGCGGAAUUUCUAUUGCAGUGUUUGCCGGGGACAUUGGUUGUGAUAAUCAAGCGUGGUAAUAAUAUGAAACAGUCAGUGGGGAACCCAAGUGUUUAUUGUAAGCUUACACUUGGCAACACUCCUCCCAGGCAAACCAAGGUGGUUUCCACUGGUCCAAAUCCGGAGUUUGAUGAGAGCUUUGCAUGGACCUUUGAAAGCCCUCCGAAGGGCCAAAAGCUUCAUAUUUCUUGCAAGAACAAGAGCAAAAUGGGGAAGAACUCAUUUGGAAAAGUGACGAUCCAGAUUGAUCGGGUUGUAAUGCUGGGUGCAGUUGCUGGUGAGUACACUCUGUUACCAGAAAGCAAAAGUGGGCCCUCAAGAAAUUUAGAAAUAGAAUUCCAAUGGUCUAAUACGAUAGACCCAAUAGAGAAGUAAUUAGUGAUCUGCUGCCAAUUGAAAAUGCAGGGCAAACAUGUUAAAAACGGAUUUUAUACAUGUCAGUGUAUAUAGUACACCCCGAGAUUUUGAUUUUUGGUCAAUAGUCUAAAGUGUAGUUAUUUUUCAAUGUAUUCUUUCCAUCCUGAUCUUACAUUUUCAGUACUUUCAGUGUUGUUUGUUGUCAAUUUUCAAGAGGGAAGUAAUGCGAUUGGUUCUGGGUUUGGGUUUGUACAUCUCAUUGGUUAUUUGUGUUGAAUUUAUUAAUCAUUUGUUUGUAAAAUAAAUAGCAGUGUAUUAUGUA